AUGGAGUCCCCAGAUUCUACGCCGUUUACCGCGACCCCGCUUUUUGUAAAUGAGGGCGGAAAUCUUGAUGUCGAAGCCAUUGUACGUUACUUCGUAGCGUAUGUGCUUCCAUACGGUGUGGUCUUUGGAUCGGUGCUUCUGAAGGUCCCCCAAAUCGUGAAAAUUCUACAACACCGCAGCGCGGUGGGCAUUUCCUUCACAUCUCUCUGUUUUGACACCACUGCCUUUGUCAUCACCACGAGCUGGGGGAUUGCUCAGGCGCUGAACUUCAAGGAUUACGGAGAGAACAUGCUUAUCCUGGUCGAAGUGGCCUUUUUGCUACUUUUGGUGGGCUACUUGCAACAUACCAUGUCGCGUGCAUUGUUGGUGUUUACCCUGGAAGCAGUGUCAUUGGUUGCUAUGUCCUCUGGAUUUCUUCCCCGCGUUUUCCACGAAUGGCUGUUUAGUAUACAAAUUCUAUUCGGGAUAAGCAGCCGUGUGCCCCAAAUACUAAUGAAUUAUCGUAACCAGUCAACAGGACAUUUGUCUUUUCUGACAUUUUGGCUGGCCAUGUGUGGUGGCAUCUCGCGGCUGUUAACGACUUUUCAAAACGUCUCGGUGGAGCAGGGCAAAUACAUGAUGCUGAUGCAGUUUGGAGUUGCAGUAACACUGAACGCAGUAAUUCUUUUGCAGAUUGUGGCCUACAGGGAGAAGACACGGAAGCAGAUUGCACAACAAAAACACGAAAAGACGGCGGAGGUGGAUAAGAAACAAAAGUAG